CAACUGCCAUUACUACCUGCAUUGGCGAUCACCGACUACAAAUGUCAAGGAAGAACACUGCUGAAAGUGAUUGUGGAUUUGGAAAGUUCUCGUUCCAUUCAGUCUGCUUACAUCAUGCUCUCCUGUGCCACAUCUCUACAGAACCUAUUGCUCCUCAGACCAUUCAGAGCGAAUCAAAUAAUGGCUCACAUGUCAGAAGAUCUA